AUGAAUAAUGAUCAAACAAUGAAGAAUAUGUCACCUAAUUCUUCGUUUUCUUUCCUUCAAGAUAUGUAUGUUUAUUACUUUUCCAAUCAAAAUAGCGCGAAAAACAUUCUCCAAAACAAUCAUCCGCUAUUACAAUUUGCAACUAAAUUUAAUUAUGAUCCAUUUCCGCGUGAAACUAUUAUAAAAGCGAUAAAAAGUCACCAACAUGAUAUAGAAAUCUUCUUACCUGAAGCUUUAUAUUUGCCGACAAUGAUUUCAGAGAGUUAUUUCGAAGCUGCGCAAUACGAAUGCGAUCUCCCGCUUAAAGAAAGGAUAGAAGAUCUAAAAAUUCUUUCAUACGACCUCAUGAGAGCCUUAUUAGCUUUCGAAUACCAAUUUAAACCUGAAUUCAUCGCUUCAAAUGAUACCAUGCAGAAUAAAUGGCGUAGUGUCAUUUACAUUAUCAAAUGUGCAGCCGAUUUUCCUGAAGAUGUUUUAGGAGAUUUUUUACUUAUUACUAGAGUUAUCUUAAAAAAGUUGUCAGCGUCAUUUCAAGCAAUAUAUUCUGCAGGUUCUGAUACAAUUACGCUCUAUACAACUUUUGUAAAUUCUUUAAUUCAUUUAAACCACAAAUCAAUCAAAGAUACGAAAUCAUUCGACUUCUUACUUGGAUCUAUAUGUUCUCAUUUCAAGGAUUUUGCAGUUGAUCCAUGA